UCAGUCUCACCGGUUCGCCCGGCCGCGCGGCGUGAGCUCCCCGGGGACCGCGGCUCGGGAUGCUGCCCGCCAGCGCGGCUGCUCGCGCGCAGCCCGCCGCCCCUGCCCUUGCCUCCCGGGCCAUGCGCCGCUGUUUACAUGCCGGUGACGCCCCCGGCCGCUCCGAACCCCUCCGAGCCUCGACUCCCCGAGGGUGAAGCCAGCCGGCCCGCGAACUGGACUGGUCGCUCAGACCUGGGGCUCCGGACUCAGAUCCCCGCCGCUCCGCCGCCUCCGCCACCAUCUGGGCGGGAUCCGGCUCUGGUGUUUUGAGGAGGGGGUGUGGUGUAGGGAAAGGAAUCCUGGGGAUUUCUGGCCCCCCCUUUUUUGGCCUUCGGGGCUUCAGACUCAGGGAACUCGCUCAUGGCUUUCUUGAUGAAGAAGAAGAAAUUCAAAUUCCAAACCACUUUCACCCUGGAGGAGCUGACUGCAGUCCCCUUUGUGAACGGGGUCCUCUUCUGCAAGGUCCGGCUGCUGGAUGGCGGGGAUUUUGUCAGCUUGUCGUCAAGGGAGGAGGUGCAGGAGAACUGCGUGCGGUGGCGGAAGAGGUUCACCUUUGUGUGUAAGAUGAGCGCCAACCCGGCCACGGGCCUGCUGGACCCCUGCGUCUUCCGCGUGUCUGUGCGCAAGGAGCUGAAAGGCGGGAAGGCUUAUUCCAAGCUGGGCUUCGCCGACUUGAACCUGGCUGAGUUUGCGGGCUCGGGCUCCACGGUGCGCUGCUGCCUGCUGGAGGGCUAUGACACGAAGAACACCCGCCAGGACAACUCCAUCCUCAAGGUACCAGGGCCCCUGCUGCCUCUUCUGCCCCCGACCAAGGGCCCGAGCCAGGGGAGGCCCCAGGCAGAAAGCAUGCCGGUGUGGGGCUUCCCCGCAGUUACUCCUCCAGCUCCAGGGUGGGGGGCCCCAGAGGAGAGCUCCGUCCGGGGGCCAGGCCUCUACCAGGCAGGGCUGCUGGAGGAGCCGGACCACAGCCUGUCGAGCCCUGAGGAGGUGUUCCACUCCGGCCACUCCCGCAACUCCAGCUACGCCAGCCAGCAGUCCAGGAUCUCCGGCUACAGCACGGAGCACUCUCGCUCCUCCAGCCUCUCCGACUUGACGCACCGCCGAAACACGUCCACUAGCAGCAGCGCCUCCGGCGGCCUCAGCAUGGCCGUGGAGGGCCCUGAGGGCAGUGAGCGGGAGCACCGGCCCCCCGAGAAGCCACCACGGCCGCCACGGCCCCUGCAUCUGUCGGACCGCUCGUUUCGGCGGAAGAAGGACUCAGUGGAGAGCCACCCGACCUGGGUGGAUGACACGCGGAUCGACGCAGAUGCCAUUGUGGAGAAGAUCAUGCAGAGCCAGGACUUCACGGAGGGCAGCAACACAGAGGACAGCAACCUCCGGCUGUUCGUGAGCCGUGACGGCUCCACCACGCUGAGUGGCAUCCAGCUGGCCAACAGGGUCUCUUCUGGGGUCUACGAGCCAGUAGUGAUUGAAAGCCAUUGAGCAGGCGCCCAGGCUGGAGAAGGAUCCUGCCUUUUCGGGUGUCCAGACCCGCGUCAUUCCACGAGGAACCUUCCCAUUCGGAUCACCAUCCUCACUGCAUCUCUUCCGUGCCUCUCCACUCCAGCCCACACCUGUCCCCCAGGCAUCAUUCCACUGUCCUCCCAUCCACGCCGGGAGCCCCCUGGCCUGCCUGCGAGGGCCCAGGCACCACUGUGAAUAUUCUCCUCUGAACCACUAGAGGGCAGGACAGGCUGGCCCAUGCAGCCGGUGGGCAAGACCAGACAGCCAGACUGCCCCUGCUGGAGAGCGACCUGGCCCCCUCGGCCGCGGACAUGUCGCAGCUCCUAAACGGGGGGGUGUGUGUGUGUGGCUGAGGGCCUGUCCACUCCAGGAGCCCUGGCUUCAGUCACGCCCUGGCUCCAUUGCCCCCUUUCCCGGGGGGGGCCAGACCACCCCCAGAAUCCUGCCACCUGUGACCCUUUGACUGUUUAGUGCUUCAGCUGUCCCUUCCCUGGGUCCUGGGGGAUCUGCUGGCAGCCUCCUCCUGGGAGCCACAACCUCAGACCCUCCCCACACUCCAGAUUGAGAGCCCCACCUCCCCCAACAAAUGUUCUCCUGCUGCCCUGGCAGCCUGCAUUUUGCACGUGCUUGUCCCCAGCACAGCCCCCCUGGCCCUCUCCUCCCCUUCCCCUGUCCCCUUCCCAAGGACUCCUGGUCACUGCCCGCUGUGCAGUCAGAGGCCCGGGGUCUAGCAGCCCGGCUGGAACGGGCUGCCUCUCCUCCCUCCACUUAGCUCCAGCUCAGGCCUGAGACCGGCGCUGACAAAGGUCUGAGCACCGACGGUGCCCUCUGCCCAGGGCUGGGUCCUGAGCAGCUGGUUUCCUGCAGGAAGGUUGGGGCAAGGGGAGCCCCUUUCUCUGCCCUCAGGGUCAGCUGGCCCAGCUGGGGCGCCUCCAGAGAGGCAGGUGGGCUGUGACUGGACCGCCUAGAGCUGGCUUCCUGGCCGGAAAAGCCUCAGCCUUCCUCUGGAAGCAUCCCCCAUUCUGGGCAGGGGAGAAGUGGGGUCCUUUAAGGGGUGUGCUUUCCCAGCGGGGAGCAGUCUGGCCCUGCCCCUGGCCCCUACCCUCACUGAAGCCCCUGCUCUCAGCACUUUCCCCCCGGGUCCUCGUAACCUGCUUGCAGGUGGGUUUCAGCUGCCAGCCAGUCCCUGGACAGACUCCCUUACCCCUUUUAAAUUUCACUCGUUCCGUUCCGUAUAAACCCAGCAGGCUGGUGUUUACUUAGCCCUGUAGCUUUUUUUUCUUUCCUUUCUUCCUUUUUUUUUUUUCUUUCUUUCUUUCAUUGAGUUCACAGUUCAAUAUUGCCUCCUCCCCCAGGUGAGGGGAGGUGCUUCUCUUCUCUGCCCCACCUGCCGGCUGGGUCCAGCAGGCUGGGGACCCAGCUGGGGGCUGGGAUGCUGGUCCUCUCUGGGGGGUGCGGGCGACCUCCCCAGGCUGGGAGUGGUCCAGGUCCCCAGCUGCCCCAGCUGGCCAGAGUUAGGGUUCUUGGUCUGGGAACUCCCUGGCAUUGGGACCAGAGCAUUUCUAGGGUUUUUGUUGUUUUACUUACCUAACUCUUUUAGAAAAUGAAUGUUGGAAGGUGCCUGCCGAGGCAGGAUGGAGCGUUCGCUCAGGCUGGAGAAGGCUCUGGUCAGCCCUGCGAGUCCCUUUCUGCCCCACGGAUACUGGCACUUUAAAAGGAAGCUGGCCACACGGUCUCCAGAUGAAUUGGCCCCCUGAAGAUGGGGGAGCGCUGUCCUUCCCUUCCGUGUCUGCGUCACCUCACCCAGCCCAGUGGGGAGGUGCAUGCAGGGUAGAUUUGGGAUCUGAUUUGAAGUUCUGGGGCCACAGGCACAAAACAGCUGGGUUUGGUGCUGCUGGGGAGACUCCAAACCAGGAGUCCAGCCCCACCCCAGCCAAGGUCUGGGCUUAAGAGUCACCCCAGAAGGAGAUCCAGCCUGCCACAUCCUCCCACACAAGGCCCUGGGCCAGGGUAAUUGGACCAACUGAGAUUCGGCCACAACCAAAUUGUCACUGGCUGGAGCAAGAGGCCUGGAGCCCUGGCCUCAUGCCUGUGAGGGACACCUUUCUUCACCCCUCUUGUCCCCUUGAGCUCAGCGAAUUCCCACCAGGUGCCCACAGCUCCUGGACUUCAAAUUCUAUAUAUAGAGAGAUGGAGAGAAUAUAUUAGAGAUAUUUUUGGAAAGGAAUUGGUCUAUGCAAUGCCAGUUUGGAAUCUUCUUGAAAGUUUAACGUUUUUACCAGGAGAUUUAAAGAAAAUAAAGGUCUACUAUAUUUUUAAGAUUUUUUUUCCUGUUAAACCCCACAAACUGACCACAUGGCAUGAUCUGCCAGGAGGGGAAUGUCCAUGUUUUCCUCUGUCUUUAGUGAGGUGAUUGAGGAAAUGGGGGAGGGGCCUUUUUUUUCUUUAAUCCCCCCGCCUUUGUAAGAGAAUGCUGCCACCACUACUUCCAGUUCAGUGGGCUGUGUUUGUAUCUGUGUCCCAGCUUCUAUUGUAGAAAAUAACAUUGUAAGGGGAAAUCAGCCUAAUGUCAGUGUCUUGGUUUGGGGAAAAGAAAUUAAAUAUUGCGGAUUUUGUUU